AAUGAUAGUGUUUAUUGCACAGAAUUAAGCCCGUGUUCCACUAUAGUCCUGGCCGGGUUUUCGCGCGCACUCCGCCUGGAGUAUGUGUGUAUGUCUGUAUGAGAAGCCGAGUCUUGUUUACGGCGUUGAUUCCGCGGAGCGCAGGGCGACGAGGAAAGCUGCUUGAUCUGGUGCCUUUUUGGCCGAGGCUGUUGAGGACCGAAUAAGGGAUUUACCGGCUCCCCACGUUAACAUCGCUGUGCUGUUAAAAGAAAAAGCCGCAGGGCUUUCCGACACGACGAGCCGGGAGCCUCCGGUGCAGCAUUCCCGGUCCUGCGUGGCAAGAAAGGGAUACAAUUUUCAACUGCAAAGCCGACAGACAGGGAGGGAGGGAGCGAAAGGAGGGGGUGCAGCUGGUGAAACCAUUUUUGUCCUGACGGAUAUAUAUUGGACGAGACCUCAGUUAGAUAGGGUCUUCGGACUGGAAGGGAGUUGAAAUUUCAUUCAUUUAAUAAAAGCGGCCAUCAUUGGGGUCAGGAGCUGGCAGUCCCGGUACAGCUCGGCGGAUUUGGGAUACUGUGGAUGCUGCUUUUUUCGGAUCGGUUCUGCUUGGUAGCUCUCAAGCUAACACUGGCUAGCUAAGCGUGCGUCGUACCCCCUUUAAGACAUGGAGGCUGAAGAUGCGGAGUACUAUCAGCCAAGUACAAUUCCUGACUUCGGUGUCUUUUUAGCAAGUCGUACCUCGUUGAAGAAUUGGAGAAAAUAAGAACAAUCUCAACCCGUUUUGUUAUAUAUAUAUAUACACAUAUAUAAUUUUCUCCUCCAGAAAUCGUGUGAGCGCCGGCAGAGAGCAGCCCGCUUUCGGGGACUUGGACUGUUUAACACGCAGCUCCCGAAAACGUGGAUCGGCGCAAAUCGCUCAAGACGCGGAUCAAUUUGAGGAGUAAACCGACUUAACUGGGUCUUUGUUUUUUUCUGGUGACUGUGAAAAACCUCCUUUUAUACCCAUUUCCCCCGCUGUUUCACUUCGGGAACAACGACAGUAUUUUUGAACGGUUAUUACUUUUAAUAGGAAUGAGGUCUGGGAUGGAAAACGAUCAUUUGACCUCUUUUUUAGGUCUGCUUCUGGCAGUAUCCACGAUCUGUCUUGGGCCCGCUAAUGGAGAACCCUGUGGUCCAAGUAUCGACAUCAGGAAUGACAUCAGUGAGUUCAAACGCCUGGAGAACUGCACAGUGGUGGAGGGUUACCUGCAGAUCCUGCUCAUCGGUGACAAGGGCAGCAACGCCAACCAGGAGGUCUUCAGCACCCUCAGCUUCCCCAAGCUCACCAUGGUGACCGACUACCUGCUGCUCUUCCGCGUCUCGGGCCUGGACAGCCUGAGCACGCUCUUCCCCAACCUGGCCGUCAUCCGCGGCCGUAACCUCUUCUACAACUACGCCCUGGUGGUCUUCGAGAUGACCAGCCUGAAGGACAUCGGCCUGUACAGUCUGAGGAACAUCACGAGAGGAGCCAUCCGCAUCGAGAAGAACCCAGAGCUCUGCUACCUCGACUCGGUGGACUGGUCCCUCAUCAUGGAUGCAGAGUUCAACAACUUCAUCGCUGGGAACAAGCAGUCCAAGGAGUGUGGGAAUGUCUGCCCCGGCAUCAUGGAGGACAACCCUCAGUGCAUCAAGACCAGCUUCAAUGAGAACUACAAUUACCGCUGCUGGACCUCCAACCACUGCCAGAAAGUGUGUCCAGACAGGUGUGAGCGGCGUGCGUGUACCCCCACGGGCGAGUGCUGUCACCCACAGUGCCUGGGCAGCUGCACGGUGCCCGACAGUGACACGUCCUGUGCCGCCUGCCUGCACUACUUCCACGAGGACCGCUGCGUGCCUGACUGCCCCGCUGGCACCUACAAGUUCGAGGGCUGGCGCUGCAUCAGCAUGGAGGUGUGCGCCCACGUGCACCUGCCCAACGAGUUUGACGCCUUCGUCAUCCAUGGCGGUGAAUGUGUGCCCGACUGCCCUGUGGGCUUCACGCGCAACGGCAGCGACAGUAUGUUCUGCACCCCCUGCCAUGGGCUCUGCGAUAAGGUCUGCGACGGGAAGGUCAUCGAUUCCGUGGAUUCCGCCCAGUCGCUCAAGGACUGCACAUUCAUCAAGGGCAACCUUCACAUCAACAUCCGCCGGGGAAAUAACAUCGCGUCGGAGCUGGAGAGCUUCAUGGGGCGGAUCCAGACUGUGACGGGCAAUGUGAGGAUCCGACACUCGCACACGCUGAGUUCCCUGUCCUUCUUAAAGAGCCUGCGCUAUAUCAACGGCGAGGACCUGGUGGACGGAUUGUAUUCCUUCUCGGCACUGGAUAACCAGAACCUCCAGUACCUGUGGGACUGGUCCCAGCACAACCUGACCAUCAAAGCGGGGAGGCUCUCCUUCCGCUUCAACCCCAAGCUGUGCAUGUCGGAGAUCCGCAAGAUGUGGGACAAGACGGGUAUCGGGGAGAAGUUCCAGGACGACGACUUUCGCAAUAAUGGCGACAGGGCCAGCUGUGAGAGCUACAUCCUGAAGUUCACGUCCAACAGCACCACCAGCAGCCGGAUCAAGCUGACGUGGGAGCGGUACCGGCCACCGGACUAUCGGGACCUCAUCAGCUUCAUCGUGUACUACAAGGAAGCGCCCUUGCAGGACAUCACAGAGUUCGACGGUCAGGAUGGAUGCGGGUCCAACAGCUGGAAUAUGGUGGACGUGGAGCUGCCUUAUGAUAAGGACUUGGACCCUGGGGUCAUGCUAUCAUCAUUAAAGCCGUGGACACAGUACGCCGUUCUUGUGAAAGCGGUCACCUUGGUUGUCGACGACCGGCACGUUCUGGGAGCCAAGAGUGAGGUGGUCUACAUCCGCACCAAGCCAUCUGAGCCUUCCAUGCCUCUGGAUGUGCGCUCCUACUCCAACUCCUCCUCAAAGCUGCUGGUGAAGUGGUCCCCUCCCAUCUCCCCCAACGGGAACCACACCUAUUACUUGGUCCGCUGGCAGCAGCAGCCCGAAGACCGGGAGCUGUAUGUGCACAACUACUGCUCUAAAGAGUUGAAGAUCCCCAUCAGGAUAUCUGCCACGGGAGUGGUCGACAUGGAGAAUGACACCAAGCCCACCAAAUCAGAUCCGGGGGGUGGAGACAAGGGCCCGUGUUGCCUGUGCCCCAAAACCGUGGAGGAUCUAAAGGCCGAGGCAGAGGACGCCUCGUAUAGGAAGGUCUUUGAGAACUUCCUGCACAACUCCAUUUUCACCCCCAGGCCACCUGACCGCCGGCGGAGGGAGCUGUUCGGCACUGCCAAUGGCACAGUGACCCACGGGGCCAGCGAGAACGCCACGGGUGUAGGGGCGGGACCGAAUGGCACGUGGGCAGACCUGGCAGAGCAGGAGUACGAUUUCCAUGAAAAGGUGGUUAGCGAUCGCAAGUGGAUAGAGAUUUCCGGCCUGCAGGCCUUCACUGUCUACCGAAUCGACGUGCACGCCUGCAACCGUGAGGUCAAGCACUGCAGCGCCGCUGCCUUCGUCUUCGCCCGGACCAAGCCAGAGGACAAAGCGGACGACAUCCCAGGCCCUGUGAGCUGGGAGGGAGGCGAGGGGGGCGCAGACAGCGUCAUCUUAAAGUGGUCCCAUCCCUCGAAGCCCAACGGGCUCAUCCUGAUGUACGAGAUCAAGUUCCGCUUGGGGCAGGAGAUGGAGAAGCAUGAGUGCGUGUCCCAGCAACACUUCAGGAGCCACAGAGCGACGCGGCUGAGCAACCUGGGCCCGGGGAAUUACUCGGCCCGUGUACGUGCCACCUCUCUGGCCGGCAAUGGCUCCUGGACUGAGCCUGUCUUUUUCUACGUGUCCCAUCCGAGCCAGUACGAGAACGUCUUCUACCUGAUGGUCACCAUUCCUGUUAUCGUGCUGAUCAUGACUGUCAGCCUGGUGGUGGUGCUGGUGUUGGUGAACAAGAAGAGGAACAGCGAACGGCUGGGGAACGGCGUCCUCUACGCAUCCGUCAACCCCGAAUACUUCAGUGCAGCCGAGAUGUAUGUGCCUGAUGAGUGGGAGGUGCCACGUGAGAAGAUCUCCAUGUGCCGGGAGCUGGGCCAAGGCUCCUUUGGCAUGGUGUACGAGGGCGUGGCCAAGGGCGUGGUCAAGGAUGAGCCGGAGACACGGGUCGCCAUCAAGACUGUGAAUGAGUCUGCCAGCAUGCGUGAGCGCAUCGAGUUCCUCAACGAGGCAUCUGUCAUGAAGGAGUUCAACUGUCACCAUGUGGUGCGUCUUCUGGGCGUGGUGUCGCAGGGGCAGCCUACCUUGGUAAUAAUGGAGCUGAUGACACGCGGGGACCUGAAGAGCUACCUGCGGUCUCUUCGCCCCAAAGAGUGUCCUCUACAGAACACACCCAGCCAGCCACUGCCCCCCCUAAAGAAGAUGAUCCAGAUGGCAGGGGAGAUCGCGGACGGCAUGGCCUACCUCAACGCCAACAAGUUUGUGCACAGAGACUUGGCUGCCAGGAACUGCAUGGUGGCUGAAGACUUCACAGUGAAGAUCGGAGACUUCGGCAUGACAAGGGACAUAUACGAGACCGAUUACUACCGCAAGGGGGGCAAGGGGUUGCUGCCUGUGCGCUGGAUGUCCCCCGAGUCCCUCAAGGAUGGCGUGUUCACCACCAACUCCGACGUCUGGUCGUUUGGGGUGGUGCUGUGGGAGAUCGCCACCCUAGCGGAGCAGCCCUACCAGGGCAUGUCCAACGAGCAGGUUCUGCGAUUCGUCAUGGAUGGGGGCCUGCUGGACAAACCAGACAACUGCCCCGACAUGCUGUUCGAAUUGAUGCGCAUGUGCUGGCAGUACAACCCCAAGAUGCGGCCCUCCUUCCUGGAGAUCAUCAGCAGCAUGAAGGACGAGCUGGAGCCUCCUUUUCGGGAAGUGAGCUUCUUCUACAGUGAGGAGAACAAACCCCCUGACUCAGAGGGGCUGGACCUGGAGCUGGAGGUCGUGGAGAAUGUGCUGCUGGACCCCACAUCCUCGGGCCGGCCCGCCACCACCACCAGCUCGCCGCCACCUCCGCAGGCCUGCCCCACCGUCCAGGGCCCACAGCCUCAGCCCGCCUCCCUGGCCUCAGCUCCGUCUCCCGGCCCUGGAAACGGACCGGCACCCGCCUCACCACCCAUGGACAAGAAGGUGGGGCCGGCGGCGGCCAACGGGCCGGUGGUGCUUCUGCGGCCAGAGUUUGACGAGACGCCACCGUACGCCCACAUGAAUGGCGGCCGCAAAAACGAGCGGGCGCUGCCCCUGCCCCAAUCCUCUGCCUGCUGAUUUCCCCCCCGACCCCCUUGGGCAAACCCUACGCCCCUUAGAGCCUUAAAGCUCUCACAUUUGUGCUCCCUGAGGCUUGGGGUGGCUGGCGAAGCGAGCUGUGGGCCUCCGCCAUACCUCAGUAGGCCACUUUCUCACACCGUUAGUCUAUCAUUUGGACAGAAACAUCAUACAAGAAACCGCCCCCCCCGAGAGAUACGUGCUAUUGGGGACUGUCUACCGGCAAACAAAGCAGCACUUUUCAGUCUUGUGUGAGCGACGGGGUCUGUGUUCGUCUCCUGAGCUCAUGCCUGAAUGCGGGCGGCCAGGCGGGCUACACUCUGCUUUCUCCCUCUGCUGGCUCUCUCAGUGCCAGGCCCGGCCGCCCCUCCCCUGCCGAGCGCUUGGGAGCAGGCCCAUCCUUCCGGGACCUCCCUGUGGCGUACCUGCCCCAGCCUCUCACCUCUGCCAAACUUUUUUGCCAAAAUGAAAUACCUGUCAGUUUUUUCCGUUCCUCUUUUUGUCUUUAUUUUUUUCAUCACAGUGACAAUCAGCACAAAGGCCACCUCUGCCCACCCCCAUGGUGAGAGGUGACUCACACUGGAGCUAAAUCGCACACAACGAUUUAGCACCAAAAACAGUGUUAAAAAGCGAAUAACGAAUCGCAAAGAAAGCGGAGGUGAGCGAUUCACCGUGGGAUUGGCAUCAAAACGCGGAAUGAGUUUGAUGCGAUGCGCUGCACCUCUGGCAGAAUCUGUGGGCGGAGCAUUGUGUGGAGAGCAGGUGUUCUCACUGGCUGCUGGUCUCUCCAAUCCAGAGCAGUGCUCCCCAGUUUCCCAUCCUUGGGGACCCAAAGAUGGUCCACAUUUCUGAUACCUCCCAGCUCCCUGCCAGACAGGUUACAGACAGCCCCGGGACCCGGGAGGAAGCAAAAGCGGUCUGCGUUCCUCGAGGACCGCAUAGGGAAACACUGAUCCAGACGCUUCUGGAAGGUCUUACAGUUCUAUGUCAGACCGCAGAACACACACAUACACAUCACUUAUUCGUGUCACUUUUAUAAGUUUUUUUAUGGUUCAAAUUUUCAUCUGUGUCUGUACAGAAAGAAGCUGCUGUUAUUAUUAUUAUUAUUAUUAUUAUUAUUUCUUUUGUAGAUGCAAAGAAACACACACACAUAUAUAUAUAUGUAUAUGGAAUUCUUCAGGUUUAAUCGAUUCCCACAACAUUCUGCUUCUCGGCGCUUUAAACCUAAUUUCAAUUUGAAAUAGCAAUUUUUGUUGCGUUUUUAGCUAUUCUGUUAUGGCACAUCGGUAAUGCCUUCUCUGUGUUUUAUUUUUAACGAGCACCUGUCCUUUGCGUUUCGUUGGAGUGGCACCGGUGACGGUGACCAUUCCGCUGUGGCCAUUUCCUCGGACGCCCCAUCUCGGCAUGUCCGCCCAUACUGCCGGCACCCCUUUCCGCCCACCUCGGUGGGACUCGGUCUCAGGUCAAAGUAAAGGUUUGACUUUUCCUGUACAUUUGCAUUAUUGCCCUUUACUUUCUUUUCCUUAAUUAUUUAUUUAAGCCACACCGCCCCCCACCAGCCGCCACUGCGCAGCACAGCUACCGACGCACCGCAUACAUCGUCCCCGUCUGCCGAUUUAGUCCAAUCUCUUUCACCUUCAUCUAGGCUGCUUUAUUACUGCUUUUCUAAAGGGGGAGACUUUCAGGUACUGUCACCAAAAUUAAAAAGCUUAAGAAAUGCUGCUGUUUUUGGUCUUUAUAUAUAAACACAAGUUUUGACAAGUACCUCAGUGGGCGGGUUGGGGGAGGAGGGGGUGCGGUGUCACGCUGUUUAUUUCUCUGCACAGUAGUCAGAUCGAAAUUCUUUCGAAGCCCUUCGAGAUCAGAACGUGAGUAAGUGGGUUAAGCUGCGGAGGGAAAAAAGCAAACAGCUUUGCAUUUCAGUUGGUUAGUAAAGACGGACUGAGACGUCCAGGACGAGUGGUUUUCUGAAGGUUUGUUACUCGUUGGUGAAGGUGUUUUUUUUUUUUUCUUUUCUUUUCAUGUCCAGGAUGUUGCAGGAUUAUUUAUUUUUGUUUUCCUUUUGUGAUAUCAGUAUAAAUCACUGUACAAAAGCCCCAUUAUUAAAUUGAAAUAAUUCUUAUAUUUUUUUCUUUAGUUCCUUGACCUUUUUUUUUUUCCUUUUUUACAUGUAACUACCUCACUCUUUUGUAAAAUGUGUAGAAAAAGGUCACCUGUACUCCUUCCCCCGUUCUCCUCACCCACUAGUCUUUUAUGGACGAUGUUACUGUUCUCCCUGUGUUUGGUGGACCUCCUGAAGGCAGCGGCCUCAUUUGCAGGCCUGUGGAGUGAAGGGGGGGUAUCAUUAGAAGCCAGCUUCACCACCCGGACGCCUCCCAGGCCAGCGUGUGAACGAAUGGCUUGCUUCGGCCAUCCUAUCACUGUGUAGUCCUGUGAAGAUCCCAAUCUGAACAGUGUUCUAGGGAGUGCUCAGUAGAUCACUGCAGCAGCACCUAGACGACCCCCCCCCCCCCCCCCCCGCUCUGCCACAGCCACCCGUCCUCAGAUAAAUCCGCUGGCAGUGAUGGUUUUGUCAAAGUCUGUAUUUAUUUAUUAUAUAUAUUUUUUUUUUUUUUAUGAAGGUGAUGAUUAUUGUAUUGUAGAUGGGCUUCAUUACAUAAUUUAUGUAUUUAAAAAAAUUCAGUUCACAGGAACGACAGAAAGAGCCGGCAACGAUCUGUGAUUGGGCAGCUGCUUUGGAUGCCGUUAUGAUGUCAUGUGUCAUCUUGUUGCCACGACGACGGGAACAGCCGGAAGCUGCUGCGGCUUUAGUUCCGGCACGCCAAAGCAUUUGCCCCCCCAUGCAUAAUCAGUAACAGCCCCCCCCCCAUAGUGAAAGUCCUGCGUGUGACAGAUAUUGAAUUACUUUUAAACGCAUGGGAUUAAAAAAUCCCAUGAAACACAUGGGUGGCAUUAUAUCAUUCUGCAACCAAUCACAAACAUUUGUGGAGUUUCAUCUCUCCUUCUUAUACUGCCAGUAGAAUCUGGAGACUUGGCAGGUGGGAUCUUACAGAAACCGUGACUAGACAGUCCCGCUAAUGUGACUGUCCUGCAUGUUCUAAUUCCCAGCAGCCCCUAGUCUUGGGGACGAGGAUAGCUGGAGGACCGAUUUGUGAAUGACAUGCCUUCUUCAACUAGCUGCUUUGCCCCCACGAGAUGCAGUGAUGAAACUGACUUCAGAAGCUGUCAUUCCUGGCCUCCGUCCAGCCAUCCUCCUUCAUACUCGUGUGUCUUCCUGUCUAGAUACGCUCCAGGCGGUAGUGAUCCAGUCGACCUUCUGUCUUUCAUGCCAUUCCAGUUCAUUGAUAGGGAGAAGCCUGCCUCUGCCACCUUCAUCUCCAUGGAGGGACAGGUGGUGGGCGGGGCCUGUUGCUGGCUCCUCCCUCUGUUCUGCCUGCUGCUGUUGGCCAGGCCCAUUUUUGCUGCCAAGGGGCUUCCUGGGCAAUUCUGUACUGGAAAAUACCAUUAUUUUACAGUGACAAAAGAUCUAUGUCAAAAUUUAGCAAAAUGAAGAUUAAACCAGAGAUGCUGAAGAUACAAAAGUCAUAUUUCUAUUUUUUAGAAGUCUGAGACCGGGAUAACAAGUAAUAAUGGAAGGUAUACGUUACGUUUUUCCUUCGGAUAGUGAGUUGAAUACCUGGAUUAAAACUGGUUUUAUUUGCCACUAGUUGAGGGAAACAUGAUCUGCUGCAAGCCUUUGGGCAGGGCUGAUCAGGUAAACGCGUGUCACCGGAUUACCUCCAGUACCAUGCUUUCUACCAGUCGCAAAUUUAAGGAAUUGGUUACUGGUUACCAUACUGUGCUGCUGUGAUUAAAGCAGCCAGUGCAUGUGUUCUGCAGAUGUAGGUCAUGAUAGUAACCAGCGGUCAAAUGGGGAUCGAUCAUGUCUUGUUAUAGAAUUUGUAGGUCGUUUCUUCACUGCCGUUUCUUUGAAAAUGGAGAGGAGUCAGCUCAGUAUUGUUAAGGCUUCCUUGGAGUUCUGCGUGUGUCAUUCUGGGGAUUAAAAUAAGUUGUAGAAGCAGGUCCAAAACAUUGCAAGACUAGUUCUGCGGUUAAUUAAUUUACCAUCUCCCAUGUUGCAGUUGGCCAUCCUGGUUUCCUAGAGGAGAUUUGAUUUGCUGAUUUGCAGGUUUACCUGUAAUAUAUCUUUUUUUUUUUUCUUGUUCUGCAUUAGUGAUUUAGUUGGGUGGCUGGUAGCAACCCACAGCCUGAUUUCUGUAUCUGAUGGUUCCUGGUUUAAAAUCAAACUGUCUGUACAUCACGUGGUAUCGCCACAGUCUUUUGGUUUGUAUCUGCAAUUACGAAAGCAUCCCAAUAAUGGAGGUUACCGUUUUUUUUUGUUCGUUUUUUGGUGCGAACUGAAAUGUCAGGUCUGUCCGUAUCUCCUAGACACCUGCUAGUUCCAGAACCCAGUUAAUCAGCAUUAAGAAAAUGCCACAGGAUGUGGGGGCUGCAAUGUAGCCAGCAGCUCUUUUAGGGGUGAAAUGGGCCAAUUGGCUUGGUCCCUUUGAGGGGGGGGUAUUUUGUACAGACAUCUAAGAAAUAAAAGUCUCUUUCAGGGUUUAGUGAUGACUGACUGUCAGGUGUUUCCAUUCCCCCACCGUGGCCCCUGCUGCAUUUUCAGAGCAGCUCAGAAUUUACAGGCCAGAAAAACUCACAAAAAAUGCUAACAUUUUUCGCACUGUGUCCAUGGUAAGAGAUGGGGACAGACCAGGCUUCAGGGCUGCCAGGUGAAUCUCCAAGGUCUUCUGGGAGAUGGCUAACUGUACAGACAAGACCUGGAAUUCUGUCAAUUUGCAUGAGGUCACACGAUGGAGCACAGCGCAGAGGGACAGCGCCCACCUUCCGAAUGUGUCCCUGACGCCUCCUGCUGCCCCUGACAGCACGCCGGCCUCCUCGCUCCCCCCAGCAUCUCUGAACAUCUGUAGCUGGGUGCUGAAGGUGUCCAGCAGUCAUCAGUUUCCUCAGUUUAACCACUGGAAAGACAUACAGAACUUACAUUGUACAGUUUCUUUUUUCACGCUUUUUUUGAAAUCUUGUUUGAUCAGAUCAGAAAGCUGGCCAAUAUCUAGGAUUUGCUGUAUGUAAAUUAUUCAUUCAGAUUCCUGUGUUUAUAUUAAAUGAUUCAGUAGAGUGCGAAGGUUUCAAGUUUUUGUAUAUUCUGUUCUAAGAAUUUAUUCCUGUUAUCAAUAUUAUCUGAAUUCUUUACAUUACGGGGAAACUGAACAGUCUUUGGCUGAAAAAGAAGAGAAUUUUAGUUUCUCAAUCUUGCUUUUUUCUAGUAAAAUACUACAAGUUCUAAGUUAAAUAAAAAAGUAUGCAACUC